GAUAAUUAUUGAAAUUGGACAUUAAACUGUGACGUUUUUCGAAGCAAAGUGUACUUUUUUAUCUGAUUAUUUCUGCUUAUAUAAAUAUACACUGUUACUACAAUAAGAAAGUUCUUUAAUUAUUAUUAACUCUUAUGGCAGUUUCUCAAUCUGUUUACAAUAUGAUUAACACAGGAAAACUUGCGGGUCGUACAAUUUUUAUUACUGGAGCAUCAAGAGGAAUUGGAAAAAGCAUUGCUUUGAAAGCUGCAAAGGAUGGAGCAAAUAUUGUUAUUGCAGCUAAGACUGCAGAACCGCAUCCAAAAUUACCAGGCACUAUAUAUACUGCAGCUAAAGAGAUUGAACAAAUGGGUGGAAAAGCAUUACCUUGUAUUGUAGAUGUAAGAGACGAAGCACAAGUAGUUUCUGCAGUAGAAAAUGCUGUUAAUAAAUUUGGCGGUAUUGAUGUUGUUAUUAAUAAUGCAAGUGCAAUUUCUUUAACAGGCACAUUACAGACCGAUAUGAAAAGAUAUGAUCUUAUGAAUACUAUCAAUGCCAGGGGAACAUUUUUAGUGUCUAAAGUAUGUUUACCCUAUUUACUGAAAAGCUCAAAUCCUCAUAUAGUGAAUAUAAGUCCACCAUUAAGUAUGAAACCAAUAUGGUUUAAAAAUCAUGUAGCAUACACAAUAUCUAAAUUUGGUAUGUCAAUGUGUGCUCUUGGAAUGGCAGAAGAGUUUAAAGAAAAUGGUGUAGCUGUAAAUGCUGUUUGGCCAAAAACUGCCAUUCAUACUGCUGCAAUUGAAAUGUUAUCUGGUCCUGAUUCAAGUGAUUUUAGCCGUAAACCUGAGAUAAUGGGAGAUGCUGUGUAUGCUUUAAUUUCCAAGGACAGUAGAUCUAUUACAGGACAAUUUUUAAUUGAUGAAGAAAUAUUAAAACAGGAAGGAAUUACUGACUUUACUGAGUAUGCAUGUAAUCCAGCAAACAAAGACAAAUUGAUGCUAGAUUUCUUUGUAGAAGAAAAUUUAGAUUUGCAAAAUGAUGCAAAAAUUGUUGGCAUGCAGAAAACUGCUACCACACAAGAUGGUAGUAAAUCAAAUGCAAAAGUUGCACAAAUAUUCACUGCCAUUGAAGCUAAUUUAAACAAUGAACUUGUUAACAAAACGGGAGCUGUAUAUCAGUUUAAUGUUAAAGGUGAUGAAGCUAGUAUAUGGUUCUUGGAUCUUAAGAAUGGAAAAGGUGCAGUAGGAAAAGGAGAGCCCAGUCAACCACCAGAUGCAGUACUUACGAUGGACUCUCAAAACUUUUUUGCAAUGUUUACUGGAAAACUGAAACCUGCGUCAGCGUUCAUGAUGGGAAAAUUGAAGAUUAAUGGUAAUCUUCAGAAAGCAAUGAAGUUAGAAAAAUUAAUGUAUAAUUUAAAAUCUAAACUUUAAGCGCUACAAAAUGUUGUAUACUUUAAAAGAAAGAUAUACAUAUACCUUCAAAAAUGUUAAAUAACUUUUUUAAAAAAGAGUUUAUAUAUUUAUACAUAAAUGUUAUAAAAUGUUUA